AUGCAGCCACCCUUUGGGAGCCCACCUUCCCUGCAGGCUCCUCCUGCCCGGGAUCCAGUUACUAAACUGCAAAUCCUCCUUGGAAAUCUGCUGAAGCAUUUUACGGAAGUUGUGGCUCAUUUAUCUGAAGUGGCCCCACCUUUGUCCAUCUCAGGCACUAUGGAGGAUGAGGGGGCUGAAGAAAUACUUGAAACUCCCAGUUCAGCUAUCAAAGGCGCCUUGACCAGAGAACAACUAAAUGAUUUCGUUCUCGGUUGUUCCCAUGGUGUUGGAAGCCUAGUACACCUCAUAGAAGAGGAGAUGGAGAAGCUUCCCGAAGGCAUUCAGACGCAUGAGGAGAUACAGGACGAGUUACGGUACUUGGAACGAGAGAACGAAAUCGCUGCAGCAGAACUGAAGCAUCUGGUAGCUUCCGUCAGGCAUUUUCGGGACGCAGUGCGGCACGCAUAUAGAGAAGCUGCUACAGAAGGCACUAGUAUAUCUAUAGACUGA